AUGGACCAACAUGUCCCCAAGGAGCAGACCACUGGCCUCCCCACGUCUGUCUUUGCCACACGCUUCCAGCUCUGGGCCGUAGGACUCUUCUCUACUGAGCGCCACUUAGCCAGUCGCCUCAGGAGCAACAGCUUUUACCCCUUCAAGCAGCAGCAGCCAGAUGUGUUUGUGCUCGAGUAUUACCUGGACACGCUCUGGAAGGGGACGCUGCUCUUCAUCGUCUGCCUUGUCUUGGUCUGCUCUGACGUCCUGAGCACGGUGCGGGAGCAGGAGACCUGGUGCUUUUCUCUCUAUGGCAUGGCUAUAGGCCUGUGGCUCAUGGUUUCCUCAAUCCCCCCGCGCCGCCUAGUGCUGAACCACACCCGCGGCAUGUACCAUUUCUCCAUCAGUGGCCGAACUGUGUGUCAGGGCCCAAUGCAUCUGGUCUAUGUGCGCCUGGCCCUCAGCUCUGACGUCUAUGGCAGGUGCUUCUUCCAGCUGGUUCUUUGUGGCCACAAGCUAGAGCCACUUGUUCUGGUGCAGCUGUCAGAGCGCUAUGAGCAAAUGGAAUUCCUGGGUCGGCACAUCGCCCGGAAACUUAACAUCAACUACUUUGACUACUUGGCCUCCUCCUACCGUCAUGUUGUCCGCCAUUGGCCACUGGGGGCCACCUUUAGCCCUGGCAUUGUGCAACGAAAAACACAAGUCUACACUAAGACAAGUGUCGCCGACCUGGAUGUUUAACUCUGGGGCCUGAACCCCACUCCACACUCCUUUUCCCUAUGCUGCCCCUUAUCCCCAUCCUGGAGGGACUGCCAGCCAGCCCCACCCAUUAGCCUUCCUCUUACUAAAGCUGCUCCAACCUCCA